CAUUUCAAUCACUUCAUCAUGAUCCCAAAUACCUAACCCCCAAAUCAGUUCUUCAUUUCUUCAAUGGCGAAAAAAAUCAUGGCGAUGGUAGAUCGACUCAGUGAUUUGUCUGAGCCAAUUCUAAUUCACAUUCUUUCUAUGUUGCCGGACGGUAAAGAUGUUGUGAGAAGUAGUGUAUUAUCUAAGCGAUGGCGGUUUCUUUGGAGGUCUGUUCCAAUAUCACUGGAUUUUAGCUUCCCUGAGGAUACUUAUUUAGGUCUCCCUGAGAGUGGGGAAUUGGAGAUUCUCGAUUUCGUGAAUUCCACCCAUAGAGAGCUUCUAUAUUGGGGGUCUGGUCAGAAAAUCAGAAAAUUUAAUGUGGUUGUCAAUUUUUCUGUUCCGGAGAGGUUCGAUAAAGAUAUCGAUUUGUGGGUUUAUUUUGCGACUAAGAAAGCUAAUGUUGAAGAUUUUACUCUUGAGUGUUUAUCUGGAUACAAGUUACCUCAAUUUGCGUUUAAGAAUUCAUCGAUGAGGAAUUUGAAUUUACAGUACUGUAAGUUGAAAUUGGAACCUUCCGUUAAUGUGAACUGGAGUAAUCUAGUUUCUCUUUCAGUUGGAUAUGUGAAAUUGACCGAGCGUGUCAUGGGAAAAAUAUUGUCGGGUUGUCCUAACUUAGAGUGCUUGCUAUUGGACUUCAUUUGGGGAUUUGAUCGUCUCGAAAUCAGCAAUGUGAAGUUGAAAAAGUUGACCAUAAACAGCUAUGAAACUAGUGAAUGUGAUGUUUGGCUUGAAAUAUUAGCUCCGCAUAUUCAAAAUUUGGAACUUUUGGGGUAUUCCAGUGGGAUACGCUUGAAAAAUGUGGCUGCACUUGUCACUGCAUUCUUUCGCAUAGAUUUUCAGUUUGAUUUUGGAGAGGCAGACAGAUCGGAGAAGAAUGAGAUUAGUUGUUUGAAGGAACUUCUUCACAGCGUUGCCCAUGUCAAGAAUCUGGAAUUGAGUCACUGGUGCAUUAAGUGUAUGUCCACACUGGCAUUGGAAGGCUUCCAGUAUCAACCAUCGAGCUCAAAAUUCUUAAAACUUCACACAAACUAUGAAGAGUUGGACCUCCCAGGAAUUUGCAGCUUUAUACAGAAUUCAUCAAAUAUUGAGACAUUGAUCAUUGACUGGCACCAUCAAGAUCGAGGAAGCUCAGCUUUAUCAAAAGUGAAAAUGCAAAAAAAAAUCACGACACCGGAAGACUAAAUAAGUGAUUUUCCCAAAUUCACCGGAUCUCGAGACAUUGGUGGUUGACCAGUGCUAUCACAGACCAAUAGUAAGUUUCUUUUGUACCUUUAUUUUUGUUACUUUAUGUUAUCAAUGUCAAACUACUAUUAGUUGAAGAAGAAGAGGAUAUAUCAGCAUAUUUCUGAUCUCAAGUACACUAGGAAAGAAAUCAUAAAACUCAAUUAAUCAUCACCUUAGUGGCAUAUUUCACAGAUAAUGCUAAAAGGUUACAAAGAGGGGAUUUGAUUGCAUUACCUCUUACUGUUCCAAUGCCCUAAGAAUAGAGUUAUGAAUCAACUCUUUAAUUUCUUCAAUAAUAGGUUCAUAGGGCCAAGAAUGUUUUGCGACUGCUUCACAACAUCCACAUUAAAUAAAGAGUCGGGUUCCACCCGCAUUUUGUUUCUUACAAAGGCUGACAUUCUAUCUCACAUAUUGUACAUCUGUUUGAAGCGGUGACAUCUAAUGACCAGCCACAUACAACUGUCCUUGUGUAUCGAACUAUACUAUGCUAUCACUCGUAUUUGUAUAAAGAUUUUUUCUUUGUUUGUUGGAUCUUUAGGUAUUCCCUUCAACCCCUUAGUUACUAGUUGUGGAGUUUUUGCCCUUUGCUUCUGGCUUUGAUGAAGGAAAGUAGUCAAAAAAGUUCUUCUUAGUACGCGAGCAUUGAGGCUUUCAUCAAUACGAUAUUAUUUGUUCCUUACUGGUCUCUUUUGUCCUAGUCUGCAACU